AUGGACGCUCGUUGGACCGAUACCAAUGAUAUUCGUGCAGCCCUGCCAGCUAUCGCAGACUCAAGCAGCCGCCCAGUGUCUCGUACAGCAUUGAUCGCGUACGUAAGGGGAACUACCGAGCUCGAACCUGCUGUCGAUGCUUUCACUCUCAUGCCACACAGAGAAUCCAGCGAGGAGAAGCAGAUUGAUGAAGCCACUGGCGGUGUGGAGGUCGCGGCUGUGACCUCAAGAUUGGAGGGUCGGGAUAUUCAAGGGGAAGAGUACCCGACUACUCAGGCAAGGCCUGGUGAAGGGCCAGAGUCUCGUUACAUGAAGCCGCAGGCUGGCGAUCGAUCGCGCUUCAGGCCGUGGGGAUACAUCUGA